GACAUAAAGUUUGCCUUGAGUCACGCAUUUCUUUUUCUCGAUUCUCGAAAAGAUAGAGCAUGAAGAGUAAUGAUGAUGCACGUGGUUUUAUGACUACACAUCCAACUCUCCACAUUAAAUGUGUGGAUAAAGCUAUUUGUACCCCAAACUUUUGUACCACAUUUGUACACCGCAGCAUCCAUCCUCCCUUACUUCUGUACCUACCCUCUCUAUCCCUCUCUUUCCUUUUGAAGGAUGACCGGCCACUUGGCCAGUGUAUGAAACCGGAACACCGCCGCUUGUGGCUUGCGGCUACCUUAGCUUGACGGUUUCGUGUUCCAGUUCAAAAAGCCUUUCCGUCUUCGAUCUGGAAUAAAUGACUGAUACUCUAAUCUAAAGAUUUGCAAAUCUCCAAUGGUUGAAUUGUUUGAUGUGCCCCCAGCUGGAAAGCAAAUAUGUCAGUAAUGGAUUGGCGUGCCAUACACGCUGAAUAGAGCUUAACUUAAUUAAUGCUGAUUGGACAUAAAGAGCCCUACUUUUGUACUUGACGUGAGACUUCAUGGUGCAGACUGCAGGACUUGCUGCCCACUUACCCAUACUCGGCCCACCAACCCGACCCAUUACUAUUUCUAAUUGGAUACCCGAAUUUUAGGCGGGAACACUGUUCAAUUUUCCAUCUUACCAUUGUAUAUAGUAAGAUUAGGAUUUUGGCAGUGUGAAGAUUAGGUGUUAUGGUAUGGGCACUUUAAAAAUUAAAUGUUAAAAUUUUGU